AUGCACUAUCACAAACAAGCCUACGACGAAGCUUACCCAUGUCACAAGCCAUGGCCCACCCUUUCAAGGACCAACAGUCCAGUAACGGCUCGAAGCCGUUUGUCGGAUUAUCGCCAGCUUCAUCGUUCCUAUCCCGACCAUAGCAUGUGUAACCACCCUGUGGUCGAGACGAAAAAUGUGGCUACUAGUACAUCCCCUCCUCCACAUGACAUUACAGACCAGGCGUUUGAUUUGGAGUUGCCGAUUCGGAGCACUUACAAACCAUCAUUGGUCCAUUCUCCGAACCCAACCCACAGCCCACCUCUAAAUAAUUCUCCACAUCAUCACCCUUUUUCUAAAGGAACACAGAGGAUCUCUCACCAAGGUCCUUCUGCUAUGGCCAACAAAACGACUAGUCCAAUACCGUUUCAUCAAAUGUGCUACGGCUCAUCAAGGUCUUCUCCUCGGAACCUUAUGCAAACUUCGCCUUUGAUGAGGCCAUGUACCUCCAAGAGUCCUUCACCACAGCCACUGAUGAGGGUCAUGUCGCAGGACAGCACCAGCAAACCCCAGCCACUUCAGUCACCACUGCAGAAAAUGAAAGGUUUCACUACGGAUAAAAGCCCCGUGUAUUCUCUUCACCACCAACACCACCAACAGCAACACUCUACCCAUCACCCACGCCACCACAACCAUGCUUCUGCUGCUUCUCCAAUUCCACCUCUGUCUCCACCAAUCAAUUCCUAUCGCAACCAAGAUUACCAGACCUCGAUAAUGCGUUCUCAGACAGUCUCUUCGCCCCAGAGCCCCCAAAGAUCUUCCUCCCCAAGAUGGAACUUCAUAUCUGAGCUAUCCCAGAGAGAUCUGAUGCCGACAUCCCUGGUUCGCGCACAGACCAUUUCGAGCGGUAGUAGCCCUUUCUACCGACCUUCUCCGCCGCCGCCACCAUCUCCGCCUCAACUCCAAGGUCUUGAGAACCGACAGUCAGCGUACGUCCGCCACACUCGGUCUGCUCAGAGUACCCCGCUAUCAGCAUCUCGUCUUCUCCACGGAGGACCUAUGGUUGCGGCCGCCGCUGCCGCCGCCACCGCUGUUGCUGCUGCCGCCACUGCCACUGCUGACAGCACCCCUACCAGUAUCAAUCACCACCCUAAUCAUCAUAUCUACAACUACAGUGCAAACCUCCUUACGAGCUCGAGCAACGGUAGCAGCCCUGCCCACCCUAAUAUCCACCUACGUCAACAACCUCCUCACAAUCUUCCCCACCGUCUGGCCGACAAUCAAGGGUGGCGGAGCAAACAUAUGUCCUAUCCUUCAGCUGAAUACGUCAUGUCUCGCAAACGGGACCUUAGGACCGGAUCGUUGGUCGACCCAGCCGACAACAGUGAUACAAGCGAGGACCUCAACAGGUGA